AUGAGCUCAUUCUCUCGCGCCGCAUCACUGCACCAAGCUCCAAUAACAUCAUUAUCACGACGGGCUCAGAACCCCAAACUCUGGGUGUUUACAGCGAGCAGAAGGAUCGGGAUCUCACUCCGGCCGUCACCUCAGUCUCGUCCCGCUCACCUCCUCCUGCUCAGUCUCAUCCCGCUCAGCUCCUCCUCGGUGCCUAUUUACUCCGACACAGAAGGCCACGUGGAGGUCUGUGUGGAAGACCAUGUAGGGGACCAUGUGGAGGGCCGUGUGGAGGGCCGUGUGGAGGGCCGUGUGGAGGUCUGUGUGGGGGACCAUGUGGGGGACCAUGUGGGGGACCAUGUGGGGGACCAUGUGGAGGACUGUGUGGAGGUCCGUGUGGAGGACCGAGUGGAGGUUUGUGAGGGGGACAGGCUGGUGCUGUGCCGUCUGCCUCAGGAAUGGGCCUCUCUCCCCCUCCUGCCCCCCCGCUGCCCCCCCCCACAGAGCUGCACCAUCUCAGUGUUCGGCCCGGGACGAAGGAGGUCUGUGCACUACCUGGGCUACAUCUGCCCCCUGCUGCCCGCCCGGGUCACCCUGAGGCACCUGGACCUACGAUGGGACACACGACGGGACUCACAACGGGACUCACACCGGGACCCACGACGGGGCCCACGACGGGACUCACGACGGGACUCACGACGGGACUCACGACGGGGCCCACCACGGGACUCACGACGGAGCCCACCACGGGACCCACUGUGGGGCCCACAAAGGGACGCACUGAGAGACCGUCCCAGGACCCAUAGAAACAUCUCCAGGAGGCACCGACAGCUGCAGGAGAGAGCCCAGGAGCAGGACCGGCUGUUCCAGGAGAGAGACCCCCCAGUGCAUCCAGGUUCUAUGCACCAGGCCUCAGCGAGCUCGGCCUCAGCGUGCCCGGCCUCAGCGCGUCCCCACAGCCGUGAGAGAAGACAGGACAGACCCAGCCCAGCUCCUGCGUCUCCUCCUGUUCCUCCCUUCCCCUCCCUGUCUCACCCGUUGCCAGAGGAGGUCCUGGAGCGGGAGGUGAGCCUGGUGGAUGUGUACCGUGUUCUGUACGGGUCAGAGAGCGCCACGGACCUGCUGUGA